AUUAAGUAAUAAAAAAAAGUAGUGCGUACAAAAUAAUAGUGAAUUAAAAAAGUGUUAUGGCGGAGGAAUGUGAGAGACGACUUCGGAUUACUAUAAACAACAUCGCUAAGGAACUUGGAUAUGAUAAUCAUGAAAUUAGUGUACAAGAGUUUCACACAGGCGGUGCUAACUACACCUCACGUCUCUACCACAUUAGACUAUCAGCUCCUAAAUAUGAAGACCUGAAACUCUUCGCGAAAGUUGCGGCUACAGCGGAAGAAGUAAGAAAGAUUUAUCCAUUACAAAUCUUUGACACUGAAAUCUUCAUGUAUUCUAAUAUGCUUAAACGAUAUAGAGAAAUAGAGGAGGAGCACAAAAUAGAGGAACAGUACAAGCUAACUACGAGCAAGUUUUACGGCUUCAGCAAAGAAUACCUAUACGAGACGCUGGUGAUGGAGGAUAUGGCUGCAAAAGGAUUCAAAACGCAUGACAGGUUCAAAAGUAUAGACUGGGAGUAUGCCACGCAAGCGGUGUUUGAGAUGGCAAAGUUCCACGCAUUAUCAAUGGCGUUAAGGCAUCAUAACCCUGAGGAGUUUGACGAAUUAAUGCGGAGCAAUGGUUUGAUAUUUGAAAUGCAUCAUUUUAAACUAUUCUUUGAUGUCGUUCAUAAGUCUGCUAUUUCGGUGGUAAAAGAAAAGUAUCGGCAGCGGCUAAUGGACUUUAUUAACAAACAAGAUUUCCAGUUGUUCAACAGGCCAAUAAGAUAUCCUGUACUCACGCACGGGGAUUACAGACCAAGUAACCUGAUGUAUAAAGUGUAUGAGAAUGGCAAAUUGGAUAUCGUGCCUCUGGACUAUCAAGGAUGUCAGUCUUCCAAUCCACUAAGAGAUUUGAUGUAUUUUAUAUUUUCUGGAUCCGACGCAGCCUUCCGCGCUCGCUACUAUCGUCAACUUCUCGAAUUCUAUUAUUCUGAACUAUGUAAAGCCUUACGAAGGUUACACGUGGAUCCUGAAGAAGUGUACUCUAAAGAAGAUUAUGAGUACGAAUUAGAAUUGAUGCAACCGUAUGGGCUAAUAAUGGGAGUAAUGUUAAUUCCUGUAAUAACAGUGCACGAAGAGAACGCGCCGGAUAUGACCGCUAGUAAGUUUGAAGAUUUUGCUGUGAAGCCAAACGAAGUGGGUGCACAAAGAUUGAAUGAAGUUGUUGAGGAUUUCAUUAAAAUGGGAAUAUUGUAA